AUGGCACUGGGAUUUUUUGGAUUCAACAUGGUCUGGAUGUAUGUAACGACUGGCUUCCUACAGGGUCUCGGGAUUUCCUUUUCAUGGACACCAGCCAUUAGCAUUGUUAGCCAUUAUUUCUCCAAGAAAAGGGCUUUGGCCAAUGCUAUAGCCAGCGCUGGAGAAUGUGCCUUUGCAUUCACAUUUGGGCCAUUUUUCCAGUGGUUGAUUAGUCAGUAUGGAUGGAAAGGUGCCCUCUUGAUCAUAGGUGGCAUCCAACUCAAUAUUUGUAUCGGUGGAGCACUGAUGCGACCCCUGACAAGCAGCUGUCUCCUUGAGGCUCACCAUUCCCAAACUCAAACACCACCUGGCAAGAGUGCAUCCAGGACAGACAAAGAAGAUAAGUCUCCUAUCACACACAAAGCCUUAAACUGGAUGCUUCUGAAGCGACCAGAGUUUGUACUUUAUGCCAUUUUUGGCAUAUUAGCUGCUAUGAGUUUUUUUGUUCCUCCGUUAUUUUUAGUUCCAUUUAGCUACAGCUUGGGAAUAGAUGAAUCACGGACUGCAUCACUCCUAUCCAUUUUGGCUAUGGUGGACUUUGCAGGCAGACUGCUGUGUGGCUGGUAUGCCAAUCUCCACGUUACCAAAACCAUUCAUUUGCUGGUGAUGACGAUUACACUGAUCAGUACUUCCCUGAUGCUGUUGCCACUGGCUAACAACUAUGUUUCCUUGGCAAUAUUCACUGGCUUCUAUGGAUUCUUCUUUGGUACGACAGUCGCCAUUCACAUUACAGUGCUGGCAGAUGUUGUAGGCAUGCCAGAAUUUGACAGUGCUUUAGGGCUCUUCAUGCUCAUUCGAAGCUCUGGAGGUUUUGUGGGGCCCCCUCUUGCAGGUCUGAUUGUGGACAUGGCUGGAGACUACAGAGCAGGCUUUUACAUGGCAGGAGCCACUCUCAUCCUAUCAGCUGGAUUUUUAGUUAUUUUAGAUCAACUCCAACAGAGAAAAGAAAGAGGAAGCCAGACUAGUACUAAACCAGAAAAGGCAACAUUAUCCUACCCUUCCCUCCAUCUCCUGAAACACAAACACAGAAGCUAUUGACAACACAGUGUAGUGGUGUGA